AUGGAGAGCGCAAGUGAGCCCCCAUUGAACAAAGAGUUUGAAAAGCUCGUACAUGAGACGUUGGCUCGCUGGCAUGUUCCUGGCGUAUCGAUUGCUGUGGUUGAUGGUGAAAAAUCUUGGGCAGAGGGUUACGGCAUCGCCACUUUUCCAUCAACCCCAGCGACAGCAUCGACACUUUAUUGCGUGGGCAGCAUUACUAAAGCAUUCACCGCUGCGGCAGCUUCUCUACUGGUUGAUCAAGGAAAGCUUUCAUGGCACACGCGACUCUCCGACGUAAUUGGAGAUGAUUUCAUCCUACCGGGGGAAUACGCUACAACUCGCAUCACUCUCGAGGAUGCGCUCAGCCAUCGCACUGGCAUGGCAGGACACGAUCUCUCCUACGGGAACGAGGGUGGACGGUCAGCAAAAGAAGUCACUCGAAGCCUGCGUUACCUCCCUUGUACUGCACCGCUCCGUACGAAAUGGAUAUACAACAACAUUAUGUACGUCGCUGCUGCUCAUGCGAUCGAAACAGUGAGCGGUUCGACCAUUUCCGAUCUCUUCAAGGCGCAAAUCAUGAACCCUCUUGGUAUGCAGUCGACAUACUUUACAAUAUCCGCUGCGCAGAAAGCAAAAGACCAUUUUUCACGGGGAUAUUACUACAACAACGAUGUCGGCGAAUAUCAAGAAGUUCGUCUACCAGUUGGCGAUAUAACUAUAGGUGCUGGAGGCCUUAUCUCCAAUGUGCUGGAUUUUGCAAAGUGGGUACGGACAAUGAUCAAGGAACUUGGCCCAAUGACCAAAGAAGGUCAUAAGCAGAUACGGACCCCUCGAAUGUUGAAACCCGCAGAUCUGGAACCCUUGCCCUUCACUGGCGCAACGUCGUAUUGCCUGGGUUGGGAGACUGCUGUUUACCGUGGCGUCCAGAUAUACAUGCACGCAGGUGAAGUGGAGGCAUAUGGAGCAUACGUUGUUUGGAUUCCCUGUCUGGAGUUUGGCGUAGUUGCUUUUGCGAACACUGCAGUAACUUCAAACUUUGUCCAGCAGGUACUGAUAUGGACUUUGAUUGACAAUAAAAUGAAGACCCCAAUCGAAGAGCGAUUUGACUGGAAUAAAAGGUUUGUGCUUUGCUACCCCAAUACUUUCGAUUGA